AUGUCUUGCAAGAAAAUUGAAUGUAUAACAGUGAAAUAUUACCGUGCUGGUACACCUUAUUUACCACCAGAAGCAAUCGAAGAAAUCAUUCAAUCUAGAGGGAGUAUUAAAAAUGCAUCUAAAACAAUGGCAGAUAAAUAUAAAACGUCAACUCGCCGAGUGUAUGAAAUUUGGAAAAGACAUGCCAAAGGUUUACCAUUACGCAAACAACAGAUGAUAUAUUCCAAAUCGGAUUUACAGAACAAUAAUUCUUUUGAUAUGCAAAUAAAAAAGGAAUUCAAACCCGUUCAUAUUUCUGAACCAAUUCCCAAUAGUGCCCCAUCGUCAAUCAAUUCUAACAACCUUAUAAAAAACAUAUCUAAUAAACUUAAUUCUACUUCAGAUAUUAUCUCCCGACUUAAGCAAGAAGAGAAAAGAAAAGAAAAGAACUUAGCUAAAAAUCGACAUCUAUUAUCUACCAACUAG